AUGUAUGCUGAGCUAAAGGAGCUUAAAGUGGGCAUUUGGGUGCCCAGCUUCAACAAUCUGGCGCACGUAAUUGAAAACUGUCGCUUCGCCUGCGCCAUCGAUCAGCAAUGCUUAGGCAUUGAAUUUGUGAAGGGUGCUUUCUGCACCUUGAUAAGAAAAUACCGGGCCGACAAGGUGAUCCGGCAACUCGGAACUCUGACGGAGCGCAAACCUAGGGCAUGUUAUGCGGCUCAGCACAAAGAAUUUAACUAUACCUAUCCAUAUCGGAAAGCUGUCAAUCAUUUGAAAAAGCAAGGAAAAGAUUGA